AGGGCGACGCGGCGGCCAAAGUAAAGAUGGCGGGCGUGUCGGGGACCGAGCUGUCAGACGAGAAAGAUGCUGAAAUUGAGCUGAAGAAGCGACAGAAGAGACCGUGGGAGGACCUGCACCGGUCGGGUAAAAUCGGCAUAACCGCGGAGCUGCCAGAAACGUUGGGUUUCUACGACAUAAGCGCUGUCAGGAGGGAACAGCCGGAGCUCUCAGCAGAUCCGUCGUUGACACGCUUCAUUUGCGCAGAGCUCACCAGAGGUUACUUCCUGGAACACAAUGAGGCAAAGUACACCGAGCGAAGGGAGAGAGUUUACACAUGCAUGCGUAUUCCCAAGGAGCUGGAGAAGCUGAUGAUCUUUGGCUUCUUCCUGUGUGUGGACGCCUUCCUGUACGUCUUCACCCUGCUGCCCCUCAGGGUGCUGCUGGCCCUGCUCCGCCUCCUCACCCUGCCAUGCUGUGGCUUCAGGGCACGCACAUGCCCCUACUGCAGAAGAAGCAGCUUGGUACUGCGCGUUAUGUUCCAGUCUCCAAGGCAAAGCCACCAUGUUGGUUCCCUUAUGUUUUGGAAAGAUCGAGCAUGUAUGGUCAUUUUCAUCACCCUGUUGUUUGCCAGUGAUGUAGCCGCACACCCUCAAACUGGAGGGCAGCCAACCGCACAGCUCUUUGGAGCAGUUUGGGGCUCAGUUUGCCUCGUUCAGUGGCAUCUCUCAGCAGUUGUUGUUGUUAUGGAAGGAAAAGACUCAAUUUAUUUACCUUCCCUGAUCAAAUAUCCCCAACUGCUCUACAGAAGCAAACUUGUUAUCUUCCACUCACAAGUCAGCUUCUCUAACACGGCUUUAAAUCAGCAAUCAAGCUUUGUCUUCUUUUUCCUGCUCUGGAUUUUUAAUUUGGUGUUUCACGCUGAUACAAUGCAAAUGAUGCACAGUGAUGGCUGCUUAGAAUGCAGAACAUAGCUGACUGCACUCAAACAUAAUAUUCAUGUGAGUUAUGGAGAUAAUGCUUGUAGAAUGGAGAUAGUGAGCGCUGCUUUGUGCAGGUACUUACUAGCGGGCUGCAGCAGCUUUGCAUUCAUAGAGCUGUGUGUUCAGAAUAAGGUGCUGUGUGAGGAGGUUUCUCAAUGUUGUGCCUUAACCACCUGAAUACCAAACCCACUAUUUAACAACACUUUGUACAAGAAAUAUUAUUUUAGUUAUUAGAACUGAAACAAUAAAUACAUUAUUUGAUGACUUGAUUGACAGAAAAUCUGUUACAGUUUCAUAGUAUGUUUAAAAUAAUUAAUCGUCGAAAUUGUUGAUUUUUUUUUAUUGGUACUACCCUCUCCAAUAUGACAAUAUGCUGCUUUUUUUAAUUCAUGCAACUGCAAAUUUAAUGUCUAUUUUUUUUUUUUUUUUUUAAAUUUGUUAAUUCAACUAAACUACAAUCUGUCGAUGCUACGUAGAGCUUUAUGAACUUCUAGUGGCCAUGUUUGGUGAAUUGAUAAUUUAAAACUGUAAUAAAUGACAGUCAUUCUGUUGGUGCUGUAGUAUCUUUUGAAUACAAUUUUACCGUGUUACAGUUUAUCCUUCAGCAGCUGUUUUAUUUUGUACUUGUAUUUUUUGAUCUGUGUUGCAGACUUUCUGUCUCACAGCUUUAUCAUUUGUCCUCAUAUACUACUCUUUUAUUUGUUUAUGUUUUUUAAAUUAUUGUACAUUGAGCACUGAACAAAAAAAUCCAUUAACAACCAAAAAAUAACAUUUAGAAAUGGAUAAUGCACAAGAUGUCUGAAGUUUUUGUCUUCAACAUGAAUGACUUCAGAUGUGACCACUAGGUGGAGCCAUAGUCUCAGCAAAACAAACCACCAAAAAAAAAUACCAGUACAAUAGAAAUAUCCUCACUGCUUUUGCAGUUUUAGCUGCGUUUUCUCGUCAACGACGUGUACAGUUAUGAGAGACAUUAAUAAGGGUUAAUGGAUUUUAUGUUAGGUUACGUUGUCAGUGUAAUUCCUUGAAAUCCUUAAUAAGUCGCACCAUCUGUGUAUUCAGAACAAAUCCCUACAGUUUUUCACUGAGGGAAAUCAUUGUUUUUUAUGCUAUGAAGAGAAAAGCCCAAGUGUUCAUCUCAUGCCUUUUCUUCACAGCUUGGUGCUCAGCUGUGCACUGAUUCCGAAGACAGUGAUAUACUUGAUUAAACUGAUUAACACGUCUUCCCAGACUGAGUCCAUUUUCCUCUGUCAACUUGGAGUCAGUUCCUAAAAUAGCUCAGAUCUCUCCACAAUACCACCCAUCUGAUUUAUUAUUUUUUGUCUGAUUUUUUUGUUUUCCUCCCUCUUUUUUUAUUUAUCAGCAGCCUCUAAAGUUAAUGAAGGUAAUGAUGGCUGUUAAAGUAGUCAGCUUUUGUCCUGUCUGUCCUGUGCACUAGUGAAUUUGUCAAGUAUUAGUCAGUGUGGUUUGUAGCGAUUUAGCUGAAAGUUUUUUUGUAGUAUUUGCAAAAUGAUAGUAGAGUUGUGUGAUGUUAAGAGAAACGGAUGUAAUUAAGAACAUCUCUUUGUAGCAGCCAACAGCAAAACAAUUAGGAUUAUCAGGCAUUAGCAGGUCAGCAUCCAUCUUCAGAGACUGUUUCGGCUUUGUGAAAAUCAUGAUAGCAAGUCCUGCAGCCGCAUGUGUGGUGAGCAGAUGAAACACAUUUUGUCUGCAGUAGUUAGUGGUGGUUUCACACAUAUAGACCAGCUGCACAGCUGACAUGGAAAAUAUGCAGGGUGUGUUGAAAUUAAUCUCUUUGCGGCUCUUUCUGGUCAUCCCUGUCAUAGUAAAUGCCAAAUAACCAGUCCUAUGGAUUUGUCAGCCUUCCUCUUAACAUGCUCCAAAGCCGCCACUGCCAACCACAGCUAUUAAUUUUAAAUGCUACACAUGUUUGACACACGUUAUUGCCCUUGCGGUCUGUGCAAAGCAGCAAAAAUUCAGCUUGCCAAACCGUAGAACACAGUGUUAAUAAUCCCCCAGGGAAAUGUGAAUCCUCAUGUAUAUAAAAUUAGCAUUUAAAAUUACAUAAAAUGAGCAGUAUUCUCUGCUCUGAAAUGCUGCUCAAGGUGUUGGCUGACAGCUUUCACACCAGCCCAAAUGAACCGACUAACUGCACAAAUGGACCUGAAUUUGUCUUAAUCGUACCAUAGAGGUCAGAUGUGAAACUACAUAUGUGCACUUGUAGAUAUGAAGUAUUUGCUAGCUUGCAAACUGUAGGUGUAGUAACUUGCAACCAUGUGGGAGACUCACUGAUGCUAAUGCAAAGCAGUUUUCAUAAUGUUUUAGUAUUAGGAGCAGAGAUCAUGCACAGUGUGCCUCCAAAACAUUCACACGAAAUGAUGAAAAACUCUUACCAGUUCAGAAAUACAUAGUUAAGUCUUUUUACGUGUUGUCAGCAAUUAUUAUCUAACAUGUAUAAUAAACAAAUUUCUGAAUUUCCUUUACAAGGACUUGGAGAGACAAGCUUUGCUGUUCCUGUAGUAUGUGACAGCUGUAGCCUUGGUGUUUGUCUGUCCAAAAUGCUGUAGCAAUUCUUCUAACAAUAUAUAAAUAUUUCCAUAAAGGUAGAUGCUCAAACACACAGGAAUUAUUGUUGUGUACUGUAGUUUGUUUGAUAGAAAAGCUCAACAAAAAUUUAAUCUCAAAAGAGUAGAUUACACAAACAAACACAGAACAAAAACAGAAACAUAUUAAAAAGGAUAUAUCUGACUAAGAUAACUUUAGUAUAAAGGAGAUAAUAUUUCAUAUUUAUACUUUUUUGUUAUCACUGCUUGGUGUCUUUUCCUCUGUGCAGUUUAUUUCAUUUUGAACAGAAAUUAAUUAUUUUCCCCUAUGUGUUGUACUGCUGUUUCCUCAACUUAUAAAAGGCAAAGCAAGCACAAGUAAUAAGUGAUGCUAUAAUUGUCGUGUAUUAAACUGGCUGUCUAUGCCCUCCUCGCUUGGCAUUUUGGGCCUCAAGUCUGUGCUAGAAAAGCAGUUAAUGAUGGCACGAUUGAAGGAAAUAGUGUAUUUGUUGAUGCUGUAAGUGCUUGUAUGCAUUAAUGUUUACACUUUUCCCCAGAAAAACACUGUGUGUAUUUGCCAGCAUACAUUACACCUUGUUGUAAACAUUAUUUAACUGUUGACUCAUGUGCAUGUUAACACUGAUAUACCAGAUAUAUAUCUCUAUAUAUCUCUAGCUGUGCAUAUGUCAGCAUGCAAGAAUGCAUUCAAAUACACAAGAAUGGUCUAAUUGGUGUUUGUCAAUACAUGUACUCUAAGUUGAUUUUUCUGUGUGUGU